AUGGGGAAGUUUCUACAUCAGGGCCUUGGAGAGUCCACUGGAAGCCCUGGACAACCCCAACUUUGCAGGCCAGGGGCGCGAGCGCUCUCCCCUCUCAGGUCCGCAGAGGGACCGAUUUCCGGCCUGGAGGGUGGGGUGCGGGGUCAGUGUCCUCUACAGGAUAUAGGAGGACGAGCCCCUGAAGCUGCUCCGUCCCUCCACCCCCUGGGAUGCCACAGAACACCCGCCAGCGAGUUUCUUCCCCAGCGCCCACGAGAGCUGGGCUGCGGGCGGCAGCGGCAGGCGAAGAAUCCAGCGCGGGGAACUCAGGCCCCGGCGUGGCACGACCCCCCGCACCUCCCACCCGCCCCCGCUCUCGCGCAACAGAACUUGCCACGGCCGCGCCUCCACCCAGCUGUGCGCCCGCGGGUCCCGGAUUCACCGCCCGCCCAGCCCGGCGCGGCGCCCUCACCUCAGAAACGCUGCGUGGACUUCGCGGUAAUUUCCCAUCCAGACGGCAGCCGGCAGCGCGCCUCGGCCCAGCUCCUGGCGCCGCGGGUCGCCCGUCCCGCGUUCCCAAAAGCACCGCGCUCACUCGGAAGCUCCGGCAGCCUCGCGACCCUCACCUACCCCUCCCAGCGCCGCCGCCGCCGCCUCCGCCUCAACCGCCGCCUCAACCGCCGCCCAGCCCCUCGCCUGCGCCUGCGGCUCCUCAGGGUCCCGACCGGCGCGUCAGGAGAACCCAAGGCGCAGGCGCGGCGGGGCCUUAAAGGGACGCCGCGGCCUCUGCUUCCCAACGGGUUGGAGCAGGUUGGGGGCCGCGCAGGCCAAGAAAAGGAGCAACCGAGGGGAAGAGAGGAAGACUGAGCCAGGCACAGUGGCUUAUGCCUGUAAUCCAAGCACUUUGGGAGGCCAAGGCCUGCAGAUCAUUUGAGCUCAGGAGUUUGAGACUAACCUGGGCAACUUGGUGAGACCCUGUCUCUACAUAAAAUACAAGCAAAAUUAGUCAGGCGUGGUGGUGGGCACCUGUAGUCCCAGCUAUUUGGGAGACUGAGGUGGGAGGAUUGCUUGAGCUCAGAAGGUU